AUGGUGAAUAGCAAUAGCAACGAUGGCAGCACUGGUUUGGGAGAGGUGGUUUCCAGAGCCGAGGAGACUGCUCGUAAACUAGUCGACUUGGCUAACACUACCAAGACGAUCCAGUUACAGACGCGAAGACAGAUGAACCAGCUCCAAUCCGAACUACACCGCACAACCGCGCUACACAGACUCAUCUACAACGACCAAAUCUGCCAUCUCGAGACCUCAACCACGUUUCGCCGCCUCGCCCCGGCGGACCUGAACAUUUGCAGAUAUUCCUUCAGACGAGCCAACGAGACCCUCCGCGUCUUUGAACAGAGCCCGGCGGCGGCGGCGGCGGAAGAGGCAUCUCUUGCAAGCCCACAAUACCCGAAACUCCUCCUUGAAACCCACAGGCAGCUGAAAGCCCUUAACGACGAGAUCCGCGCCGACGUCGUCCUCGCCAUCAAGCGCGUGCUCAACCAGGACCUCUUCAGCCGGGACACGCGCGCCGUCCAGCUGCGCGAUAUAGCCGUGGGGCGGGACCCGGAGGGGGAUGCUCCCUUGAUUGCGAGUUUGCUCCUCGCGAACGACGAUACGUGUGGUGCCCUUGACGUUGACGGAGCCGCCGACGGCGGCGCAUCGAAUUCGGCCUCGUGCCUGCGGUUCCGCGACGCGAACACCAUUGUCGAGACGAGGGCUAUGCUGCAGGAUGACGCCGAUAUAUGCCGCAAAACGCUCAAACUCGCUACGUUCUUACACGCCGUCCGGUCGCCGUAUCUCCUCCGCUGCACGGGCUUCCGGGUCUUUGACCAGAAUCAGGACAGGAAGCGGAAGCAGCGUCUGGAGUAUAUCUACGACGCCUCCCCGCUGCAAGGCUGUCGCCGCGCCGAGAUCCACAGACUGUCGGAGCACCUCGGCUCGCCGGCGGGCCACUUCACGCGCGGGCGGCGGGAGGCGGCGGCGAGGAUCCUGUCGGAUAAGAUCCGGUUUGCGGGACAGCUUGCGAGGGCGGUGAGCGAGCUUCAUGCUGUUGAUCGGGUGCAUGGCGCCGUGUGUGCUGAGAAUGUGUGGUUUGGGGUGCGAGGCGGGGAGUAUGAGGCCAAGGUGUCGGUGCCGUUGCUUGUUGGGGCUGGGUUUGAGGAGGGGGAGGUGAGGCGGUGUCGGGUUGGUGGCGGUGAUGAGGAUCGCGGUGAUGGGGGGGAGGCGCUGGAGGAGGGUAAGAGGAGGGAUAUACUUGCGUUGGGGGUGUUGUUGUUGGAGAUUGGGCUGGGGCGGUCCGUUGCGGAGGCUACGUCUGCUUCUGCGUCUGCUUCUGCGUCUACGGCCUCGUCUUUGGGCGGUGCUGUUGCCGCGGCGGAGCAUCUUGGGAGGUUGAAUGCGGUUAUGGGAGGGAGGUAUACGGCUGCCGUCAGGGCGGCGUUGGAUCCGCGGCAGUUGGCUAUGACGUUUUCGGCCAUGGAGGGUGAAGGAGAAGGAAGAGGCGGCGGUGAGGACGAGGAUGAAGACGAGAGUGUGUUUGGUGCGAGAGGUAGUUGUGGGUUGGAUCGGGCUUUUAGGGGAGUGGUUGUCGAUGAGUUGUUGGGUGUUGUUGGGAGGGCGUGA